AUGGAUGGUGGUUGUGUGAACAGCUCUGCUUGGACCAGCUUAUCUAGCACUAACGUUACCCAGCCCUGCCUGACUCUGAACCGUCCCCGUUUUGAGCUGGGGUGCGCACAGAGGUCCCUUCCCACCGAAAAAGUCCUUCGGUUCUCCGGAUACGCUAACAGUUGCAGACGUCACCAGGCGGGGAAGGCGGAGCGGGGAUCGCAAAGCACAAGUGAGGGCGGGACACGCUCGGAGCUUUCGGAGCGCCGGGGCCGGGGCGGCGGGGACAGCGGCGGGCCCGCCCCGUUCCCAUGGCAGCGGCCGGGCCUCAGCCGGCGGCCACCGCGGGAGGCGGCGAGCGCGGCCUGCCCCGGGAGGAUGGAGGGCGAGGAGAAGGAGGAGGAUGAGGAGAAGGAAGAAGAGGAGCCGGCUCCCUGUCCCCUGACGGAGGAAGUCCUCAAGGAGGGCCUCUCUCUCCUCAGUACGACCGGCAACGGGCUGGCCUAUGCCUACGUGAAGUUUGAAGCCAAAGACAAGGGUCUGACAGACAUCAGCCUCCUCGAACGCUUCAUUCACCUGCGGUAUGUGGAUUUGUCAAAGAACAAACUGAAAGAUUUGGCCCCACUGAGCAACCUAACCCAGCUACUUUGGCUGAAGGUGGAUAGGAAUCUGCUCACGAGUGCCAGCAUGCAGGAGCUGCCCUACCUCCAAGUCAUCAGCUUUGAUUGCAACCGCAUCAUGGAUUUGGAGGGCAUUACUCACCCCCUUCUAGCCAGCAUCAGCCUGAAAGAAAACAAAAUCCAGACAGUGCUGGGCCUGAGUCACGACCAGUUGUUCAGCCUCCAAGUCCUGGAGCUGCGAGGAAACGAGAUAAAGACCACAGCAGGACUUGGUGUUUCCAAGCUCAAGAAGCUCUAUCUGGCCAAGAACACCAUUUGCAGCCUUGAAGGCCUUGAGGAGUUUGAGCAGCUGGAGACUCUGCACCUGCGUGGCAACAAGCUUGAGGCCCUGGAUGGAUUCUCUGAUACAAUGAAGUGCCUACAGUACCUCAAUCUACGGAGCAAUGGGAUCAAAAGCUUUCAGGAGGUGGAAAAACUGCAGGUUCUCCCUAUGCUGCAGGCACUGGUGCUGCUGGACAAUCCAUGUGCCGAAGAACCUGAUUACCGGCUGGAGGUCCUGUCCCGGCUGCCACAGCUGCAGCGCCUUGACAAGGAAUCAGUUGAGGAAGAGGAGCGGCAAGAGGCGGAGAAUAUCCGUCAGGAAAGGAAGGAAAAAUAA